AGACGGAGGACUGAAAGCUGCAUCAGGGUGAAGGUAGAACAUGAGUGUGAGCUGAUGUGGAUUCACUGAGUUCAGCAGCAUGGAUCAGUGUGAGGACAGAGAGGAGGGAGUCCCUCCCUCUAAAACCAAUCAGAGGAAUAAACCUGAACUUGAUACAGAACUUGAAUCAGAACCGGAACCUAAACCAGAACUCAGCUCUGUGUCCUUAAAGAGCAACAUGUCAAGGGAUCCUCCUAURACAUUCAACCAAAAUGUUUCCUCCAGCAAACAGAUUCACAAAAAACUCAAACCUGAACCUGAACCCGAACCCAGCUGUGUGUCAUUGAAGAGUGAUCAGUCAAUGAUUGAUGUUAUUGAUUUUAAAUUGGAAGAAAUUCCAUCAGCAGAGAGAGUGGACCAGCAAAGAUCAGAUGUUCCCAGUCCUCAGUCUACCCAGCAGCAUCAGAACCAGCUGGACUCCAUAUUUAUGGUGCUGGAGGACAACAUGCUCACUUUUGUGAAGAAUGAGCUGAAAAAGAUCCAGAAGGUUCUGAGUCCAGAUUACUCAGAAUGCUUAGAGAGUCAGAGGGAGGGUGAGGAAAUGGAGGGUGAGGAUGAAGAGCAGAAGAAAAACAGAGAGGCAUUGAUGAAGAUCUCACUUUACUUCCUGAGAAUUAUGAAGCAGGAGGAGCUGGCUGACCGUCUGCAGAGCACACUUUGUCAACAAAAAUGUAAAUCAUCUUUGAAAAAGAAGUUUCAGUGUGUGUUUGAAGGGAUCGCUAAAGCAGGAAACCCUACCCUUCUGAAUGAGUUUUACACAGAGCUCUACAUCACAGAGGGAGGAACUGAAGAGGUCAAUGGUGAACAUGAGGUCAGACAGAUUGAAACAGCAUCCAGGAAAUCACACAGACCAGAAACAACCAUCAGACAAGAAGACAUCUUUAAACUCCCACCUGGAAGAAAUGAACCAAUCAGAACAGUGAUGACAAAGGGAGUGGCUGGCAUUGGGAAAACAGUCUUAACACAGAAAUUCACUCUGGACUGGGCUGAAGGCAAAACAAACCAGGACAUCCAGUUCAUGUUUCCGUUCACUUUCAGACAGCUAAAUGUACUGAAAGAGAAAAAGUUCAGCUUGGUGGAACUUGUUCAUCACUUCUUUACUGAAACCAAAGAAAUAUGCAGAUUUGAAAACUUCCAGCUGGUCUUCAUCUUUGAUGGUCUGGAUGAGUGUCGACUUCCUCUGGACUUCCAGAGGAACCAGGUCCUGACUGAUGUCACAGAGUCCACCUCAAUGGAUGUUCUGCUGACAAACCUCAUCAAGGGGAACCUGCUUCCCUCUGCUAGGCUCUGGAUAACCACACGACCUGCAGCAGCCAAUCAGAUACCAGCUGACUGUGUUGGCAUGGUGACAGAGGUCAGAGGAUUCACUGACCCACAGAAGGAGGAGUACUUCAGGAAGAAGUUCAGAGAUAAUAACCAGGUCAAAAAGAUCAUCUCUGACAUCAAGACAUCACGAAGCCUCCACAUCAUGUGCCACAUUCCAGUCUUCUGCUGGAUCACUGCUACAGUUCUGGACCAUGUGUUGAAGACCAGAGAGGGAGGAGACAUGCCCAACACCCUGACUGAGAUGUACAUCCACUUCCUUCUGGUUCAGAUCAAAGUAAAGAAGAUCAAGUAUGAUGGAGGAGCUGAGACAGAUCCACACUGGAGUCCAGACACCAGGAAGAUGGUAGAGUCUCUGGGAAAACUGGCUUUUGAGCAGCUGCAGAAAGGAAACCUGAUCUUCUAUGAAUCAGACCUGACAGAGUGUGGCAUCGAUAUCAGAGCAGCUUCAGUUUARUCAGGAGUGUUCACCCAGAUCUUUAAAGAGGAGAGAGGUCUGUACCAGGACAAGGUGUUCUGCUUUGUCCARCUGAGUGUUCAGGAGUUUUUGGCUGCUCUUCAUGUCCAUCUAACCUUCAUUAACUCUGGAGUCAACCUGAUGGAAGAAAACCAACAAACUUCUUUUUGGUCCAAAUUUUUUAAUAAUUCAAAAUUGAAUUAUCUCCAUCAGUGUGCUGUGGACAAGGCCUUACAGAGUCCAAAUGGACACCUGGACUUGUUCCUCCGGUUUCUCCUGGGUCUUUCACUGCCGACCAAUCAGACUCGCCUACGAGGCCUGCUGACACAGACAGGAAGUAGCUCACAAACCAAUKAGGAAACAAUCCAGUACAUCAAGAAUCUGAUCAAUAAAACUCUGUCUGCAGAGAAAAGCAUCAAUCUGUUCCACUGUCUGAAUGAACUGAAUGAUUGUUCUCUAGUGGAGGAGAUCCAACAGUCACUGAGGUCAGGAAGUCUCUCCACAGAUGAUUUGUCUCCUGCUCAGUGGUCAGCUCUGGUCUUCAUCCUACUGUCAUCAAGAAAAGAUCUGGAUGUGUUUGARCUGAAYAAAUAUUCUGCUUCAGAGGAGGUUCUUCUGAGGCUGCUGCCAGUGGUCAAAGCCUCCAACAAAGCUCUACUGAGUGUAUGUACCCUCAGCAACAAAACCUGUGAAGCUCUGUCCUCAGUUCUCAGCUCCCAGUCCUCCAGUUUAAGAGAACUAGACCUGAGAAUUGAUGAUUCRGGKGUGGAGCCUCUGGCUGAUGGARUGCAGAGUCCAAACUGRAAAAUAGAAACACUCAGACUGAAUUACUGUAACCCAUCAGAGAGAAGCUGUGAGGUUCUUACUUCAGUUUUCAGCUCCCAGUCUUCCAGUCUCAAGGAACUCGAUCUAAGUAACAACAACCUGACAAAUUCUGGAAUCCAGAUGUUGUCUGUUGGGCUGACAAGUUCACACUGUCAACUGGAAACUCUCAGACUGAGUGUGUGGAGACUCUCAAAGAAAAGCUGUGAAGUUCUGUCCUCAGUUCUCAGCUCCCACUCCUCCAGCCUCAAAGAACUGGACCUGAGUACCACCAAUCUCACAGAUUCAAGAAUUCAGCUGCUCUCUGUUGAACUGAAGAGUCCACUCUGUCUUCUGGAAACUCUCAGACUGAGUUCCUGUAACUUGUCAGCYAAAAGCUGUGAACUUCUGUCCUCAGUUCUCAGCUCUCAGUCCUCGAGUCUCAAAAACCUGGACCUGAGUAACAACAACCUACAGGAUUCAGAAGUGAAGCUGCUUUCUGCUGCCCUGAGAAGUCCACACUGUCACCUGAAGUCUCUCAGACUAAGUUACUGUAACCUGUCAGACAGAAGUGGUGAGUUUCUGUCCUCAGUUCUCGGCUCUCAGUCCUGUCUCAAAGAACUGGACCUGAGUAACAACAACCUGCAUGAUUCAGGAAUCCAGCUGCUUUCUGUUGGACUGAGGGGGSCACACUGUCAACUGGAAACUCUCAGACUGAGCUGCUGUAACCUGUCAGAGAGAAGCUGUGAAGUUCUGUCCUCAGUUCUUAGCUGUCAGUCCUCCAGUCUCAAAGAACUGGACCUGAGUAACAACGACCUACAGAAUUCAGGAGUGAAGCUGCUUUCUGCUGCCCUGUGGAGCCCUCACUGUCAUCUGGAGGCUCUCAGGGUGUCAGGAUGUCUAAUCACAGAGGAAGGCUGUGCUUCUCUGGUCUCAGCCCUGAAGUCCAACCCCUCCCAUCUGAGAGAGUUGGACAUUAGCUACAAUCAUCCAGGAGACUCAGGAGUGAAGUUGCUGUCAGCUGGACUGAAGGAUCCAGAAUGGAGACUGCAGAAUCUCAGAGUGGAGCCUGCUGGAGUCCAGUGGUUGACGCAAGGUCUGAGGAAAUGUAAGUGUGUUUUACUUUGAUUCAUGGCAACAAAGCAACAAUAUUCAACCGUCUUCAA